UACCAUCACCACCCACCCAUAUAAAAGGGGUGUAAAUUUAGGUUUUCAUCAUCAUUUGUUGUCCCCAAAAGAAGAAGAAGAAGAAGAAGAAGAAGAAAUCGGGAAUGGCGAGCGAAGAGGAGAGCGCAGUGAAGGAGCCUCUGGAUCUGAUAAGGCUGAGUCUUGACGAGCGUAUCUACGUUAAGCUUCGUUCUGAUCGUGAGCUACGCGGCAAGCUCCAUGCCUAUGAUCAGCAUUUGAACAUGAUUCUUGGGGAUGUUGAAGAGAUUGUAACAACCGUUGAGAUUGAUGAUGAAACAUAUGAAGAGAUUGUCAGGAGCACAAGGCGAACUGUUCCAUUCCUUUUCGUUAGAGGAGAUGGUGUCAUUUUGGUUUCUCCUCCACUAAGAACUGCGUGAGGCAAUUUCUAAACUGUUAUUGUCAUCGUUGUUUCCAAGUCGUAUCACGUAUAAAUGCUUUGUGAUAUGCAUCUCUAGAUUUGUUUCGUUGCAUGUUUUCGACAAUUGAGAAGUUUCAUGUUGUAGGAGUCUUGUAAUUGAUGGUUGUUUUUGUUCAUGGAAAGGAAAAAACUAUAAAAAUUUCUUAUAACAGACGUUUUUUUCAUGUUCA